GCUCCACGUGACGUCACGGUGAUACUUUUGAACUCCUCAGCAGUAAAUCUAUAAAGGUGUGUGUCGUCCUUCUGCCCAGGUAGCCAAACCUUGGACUGAAGUGAAAAACAGAGCGCCAGCGCAUGCCGGGGAACGUACACGGGAGGCCUGUGAUGCGUCAGGUAGUUUGAUUCCCCCCCCGCCCCCCCGAGAGUGACCCCAGGACACCGGCAUGUACCCCAACUCGCAGUCGGCCAGGCAUCCGGCCCAGACCCUGUCCCUGAACGGCCAGUGCUUUGGGCCGUCGUACGACUUCCCCGGUUACUAUCACGACCCGUCGACAAGUGGCUGGAACUCCGUCUGCGCUCCGCGGGAGGAAUAUUUGUACGGCUUCCCGGGGUCAAGCCCCAGCGCCGGGCAGGUCAUCUUCUCCUCCCCGGAGCUGAGUGUCACGCCUAACGCCGCUGGAGAGGCGUACAACUUCAUCCCCGGACAGGACCCCUUCAGCUGCAGGAGGAGACCUCAUGAGAGCAUCCGACCGUCCUCCUCAGGAACAAAAACCCGCACCAAGGACAAGUACAGGGUAGUUUACACCGACCUGCAGCGCCUGGAGCUGGAGAAGGAGUUUCAAUGCAACCAAUAUAUCACCAUGAGGAGGAAGACCGAGCUGUCAAUGGCACUGAGCCUCUCUGAGAGACAGGUGAAGAUCUGGUUUCAGAACAGACGAGCCAAAGACAGGAAGAUAAACCGCAAGAAGCUGCAGCAUCCUGAGCAGGCCUCCACUACAACGCCGACCCCACUGGCGCCUUGUGAACCCACUGACCCCCACAUGCCCCCCAGACCCAGCAACAACAUUGUGUCUGACCACAUGCCACAGGACUACUAGAGAGACUGAUGCAGCGGGGGAUAUGUAAAUAGCCUUAUUUUUGUUUUUAUGACUUUACCAUUCACUGAAUGAAGAUGAUCAUCAUGACUUGAUGUUAAAAUGCUGCACCGCCUGCUUUAACAAUGACUAGCACUACACAUCUUUGUUAUAUUGAUAACCUAUGAGCGGCAUUUGCACAAGACUUGUUCAAGGACAAAGAGUCACUGAGUAACUUUUACACUAAACUUACAAUAACUAAAGCAACACUAACAAAGCAUUUCAUGAAGUUCUCUUUAUUUCAAACUAAAUGUAAAUCUUUUUUCUGAAAUCUUGGUGGAUGAAAGUGAAAAUAUAAUAAUCAGCAGGAGGGUAGUUAAAAAAUAGCUGAUUAAACUGCAUGAGAAAUACAUAUCUAAAUCACAGUGAACCAAAAAGACAUGAAAAGACUUAAGACAUGGAGAAAUAAACCGUCAUAUUUUACACUUUUUAGUGGAGCAGGCGUUUUGAGACACAUCUCUUAAGGCAAACACAGCGAGGGAAUCUACUGUCUUUCCAUCUGAUAUCAAGGUGUCGAGUCUAUAUUCACCACCAUCAGUCCUGCUCAGGUUAUUGAUCCUAGUUGAUUAAACUGCAUGAUAAAUACAUCUCUAAAUCAAAGAAUGAAAGAGGUGAGUACAAUGAUGAAAGUACAUCUGUUUAUUAUCAUUUGAAUUUACAGGCGAUAGAGAGCGCAGCUGAACAUAAGGUUCAAAACACAUUUAUUAUUCUUCCUGUUGAAGUGUGGAUGCUGUAUUUAGCAUGAGAAUACAUCAUUAAAAAGAAUAAACCAAACUUGUUUGAG